AUAGACGAUCAAACUGUUUGCAAAAAUUCUUUGUUGGUUUAUGGUUCAAGUGCGAAUCCAAAAAAAACCUUUUUGAAGGGACCAAUAUGAUUUUUUGAUGAACAUUUUUUUGAAACCAAAAAAAAAAAAUGGAAACAAUAUUCGUCAUUCGACAAACAUUUCGAAAUUACAUAAAACUAGUAAAAAUUGGUGAAAUUUCACGACGUAAAAUUUAUAAAAAAUAUGUAAUUACCAAAAUGAAAACAGCAUUUAGUGAAAAAUAUUUAUUCUAUACAAAUAUUGGACUAUCUAUUGGACUCUCUGGGCUGGGGGAUGUUAUUCAACAAAAUUAUGAAUUAUAUGCAAAACAAAUUAAUGAAUGUAGUGUUAAACGGACUGCACAUAUGAGUGCCUCGGGUCUAGUGUCGGGGGUUAUCGCACACAAUUGGUAUCGAUUUUUAGAUUUUUAUUUGUCACCAGAUCGGAAAUUAAAAGUUGCGUUUCGUAAAUUAUUAUUGGAUCAAUUUAUUGGUUCACCGAUAUUUUUAGCAGCAUUCUUUGUUACGUUAGCAAUUCUAGAACAAUCUACAUUCGAGGAAUUUAAAAGUGAAUUAAAAGGGAAAGCAAUAAAAUUGUACACGGCCGAAUGGAUUGUUUGGCCUCCAGCACAAAUGAUUAAUUUUUACUUAAUUCCAUUACAAUAUCGAGUUUUAUUCGAUAAUUUAGUGUCCUUGGGUUAUAACAUUUAUACAAGUCAAGUUAAACACGAACAACCUCUCGACAAUACAAAAAUUUCCUUACAUAAAGAUCAUUAACG